AUGAAUCAAAUUGAGAAAGUAUUAAACAAAAAGCAAUUAUUGAAAAGAUCUUUGCAGUUUGUUCUCUCAAUUUCUGCUUUUUCUAUCUUCCUUUGUUACUACUCUUCUGGAUUUUUCAUAAACACUCAAACAUUGAAUGUUUACUUCUUCUACACAUGCUUUUUCACCUUUUUCACUCACACCCUUGAAAGGAAAUACAUGUUUCUGAUUUGUAAUGGAAUCCUUGCAUUUCUAGCUAAGAACUUGUUCAUCAUCACAACAACAACAACCUCUUCAGAUUCUGAGUCUCUUUCUAUUGUAAGUUUUGAAUCUUUAGAGGAAGUUGGUGAUGUUAUGGCUGAUGAAGAAUACUAUGAAGAAAAAGUUGAAGAGCAUGAAGAAGGUACGUUAUAUAUCCAAAAUGAAGGGAUUGAUGAAGAAGGAGGAACAGAAAGUGAGAUUGAUGUUAAUGUGUUGGCACAAGAUGAUGAUGAUGGAGAAGAAACAACAUUGACAACAAAUGAAGAAUUAGUGAAUACAGAAGAAUUGAACAGAAAGUUUGAAGAAUUCAUAAGGAGAAUGAAAGAGGAGAUGAAGAUUGAAGCUCAAAGACACCUUAUUGCAGUUUAG